GGUUACACAAAUAGAAAACCGCCGUUUUCCCAUAGGUUGCACCAGCAAGGUCAAUCGCUUGAUAAGUGCGAUAAGAAACGUUACAUAGCCAGUUGAGGCAUCAGUCAACAACUCUACAAAAUCUCGCUCGUCUAUUUUUACUGUGCUUUGUUUUGUUCAUUCACGACAAUGGCGAAAUUCGAGCCGAGUAAGAAUCAUUUGCGGGAAGUUUUACUUUUUGCAUUUCAUUCAAAAAAAAAUGCAGCUCAGGCGCGUCGAAUGAUUGUAGAAACUUAUGGUGAACGUUGUAUUAGUGAAAGAACGUGUCGGGAAUGGUUUCAUAAGUUUAAAAAUGGUGAAUAUGACGUAAAAGACAAGGAACGUCCCGGACCCGUGAAAAAGUUCGAGGACGCAAAAUUGGAGACUUUGUUGGAUGAAGAUUCUUGUAGAACGCAACGGGAACUUGCAAAUUUAUUGGGCGUGACUCAGCAAGCCGUUUCUCAUCGCUUAAAAUGCUUAGGAAUGAUCCAAAAACUGGGACAUUGGGUGCCGUACGAGUUGAAGCCGAGGGACAUUGAACGGCGCCUUUUCACAUGCGAACAACUCCUCCAACAGCAAAACAGAAAGGGUUUNGAAGCGGAAAAAAUCGUAGGGGCUUCCCGGCCAUUCAUCAACUUCGACAGCGAAACCAAACAUUCAUGGCUCGAAGCUGAUGCUGUGUAUUUGGUGGGACAAGCUUGGCGUAGUGUGCUAUGAACUCUUGCAACCAGGCGAAACCAUUACAGGAGCCCUCUAUCGGACGCAACUUAUACGUUUGAGUCGAGCGUUGAAGGAAAAACGUCCGCAAUACUCGGAAAGACACGAUAAGAUAACACUUCUGCAUGAUAACGCUCGGCCGCAUGUUUCCAAGGUCGUGAAAACAUACCUGGAAACUAUGAAAUGGGACAUACUACCCCACCCGCCGUUCUCCCCUGACAUCGCCCCUUUUGAUUUCUACUUAUUCCGAGUGAUGACGCAUGACCUGGCCGAACAGCACUUUCGUUCUUACACCGAAGUAAAAAAUUGGAUCGAUUCAUGGAUCGUGUCAAAAGACGAACAAUUUUUUCGACGAGGAAUUGAGAAGCUGCCACAAAAAUGGCAGAAAGUUGUGGCUAGUGCUGGAAAGUAUUUUGAAGAAUGA